AUGAUCUCGAGAUCGUCUCUCGCGCGAACCGCGCAGCAGGCUGCUCGCCGCUCCUGCCGCGUCCAGCGACGAACCUUUGCCGCCGCUGCGUCGACCGGAUCAUACGAGACCUCGGAUGUGACUGGCCUCAAGGUCGCCUCGCGGGAUGCCCACGGCCCUACUACCAAGCUCGCCGUCGUGGCCAAGGCCGGUACUCGAUACCAGCCUCUGCCCGGUCUGACUGUUGGCCUGGCCGAGUUCGCGUUCAAGAACACCCAGCGACGAUCUGCCCUCCGCAUCACUCGCGAGUCUGAGCUCCUCGGUGGUCAAUUGGCUUCCUCACACACCAGGGAGGCUGUUGUCGUCGAGGCCAGCUUCCUCCGCGAGGAUCUACCUUACUUCACCGAGCUUCUGGCUGAGGUCAUCUCUCUGACCAAGUACACCACCCACGAGUUCCACGAGGAUGUCGAGCGUGUCCUCCACGCCAAGCAGGCCGCCCUCAAUGCCGAUGCCGCCGCCAUUGCCCUCGAUAACGCCCACGCCAUCGCCUUCCACACUGGUCUCGGUUCCUCCCUCUACCCCAGUUCUUCGACUCCCUACCAGAAGUACCUGAACGAGGAGUACAUUGCCAGCUUCGCCGACGUUGUCUACUCCAAGCCCAACAUCGCCAUCGUCGCCGACGGUGCCGCUCCCGACACCCUCUCCAAGUGGGUUGGCCAAUUCUUCAAGGACGUCCCCGCGGCCCCCCGAAGCGGCCAGACCCUCAAGACCGAGGCCAGCAAGUACUUUGGUGGUGAGCAGCGAACGAGCAGCAGCGCCGGAAACUCCGUCGUCAUUGCUUUCCCCGGCUCUGGCGUCGACUCUGCCAAGCCUGAGAUUGCCGUUCUCGCCUCCCUCCUCGGCGGCCAGUCCACCAUCAAGUGGGCUCCUGGCUUCAGCCUCCUCUCCAAGGCCACCGCCGGCACCCCUGGCCUCUCGGUCAACACCUCCAACCUCACCUACUCCGACGCCGGCCUCCUGGCCAUCCAGCUUACCGGUGCCGCCGCCUCCGUCCGCAAGGGCGCCGAGGAGACCGUCAAGGUUCUCCAGAGCAUCGCCAGCGGCAACGUCAGCCAGGAGGAUGUCAAGAAGGCCGUUGCCAACGCCAAGUUCGCCGCCCUGGACGCCAACCAGCUCCGACAAACCAGCAUCGUCCAGGCCGGCUCUGGCAUCGUCAACAGCGGCAAGCCCUACGACUCUGCCAGCCUUGCCAAGGCCAUUGAUGGCGUCUCUGCUGAGGCUCUCAAGACCACUGCCAAGGCUCUCCUUGAGGGCAAGGCCACCGUCUCCACUGUCGGUGACCUGUUCGUGCUGCCUUAUGCUGAGGAGAUUGGUCUCCGGGUAUAG